AUGUCUCGUAGAGGAGGAGGACGUGGUGGCCACACCAUCGCUGGAGCUGCCUUGCGCAACGCUGGUCUGGUCGUAGAUGGCGACGUGGGCAUGCGCGAUGCUGCCGGCCCGAGCAGGAGCAGAGCAGGAGGAGCUGGUGGCAGGAAAGGUCAGCGAAACGGUGGGGCAGAUCCAUCCAAUCCCGAUGGCUCUGGAAACCCGCUUCGAGGACGUAUCGCGCGCCAGCGCGCCAAUCCACUCGGCAACCGUCCUGCAACAAAGGGCAAGAAAGCUGCCAUCAAUGUCAACGAUGGCCUCCGAGCCGGCAAUACCGCCUCGGUCCUCAAGAGCAUCUCUUCAUCAAAAGCACAGGGAGGCGGCCGCAUACCUGGUGGCGGCGGGAUCGUCUUUUCUGGCAAUGACAUGCCCAAGACGCAAAAUGUCAUUUCACUCAUCAAGCGCUUCCUCGAAUCACGGUGGAACCCGCAGGCGAAGUUCUUGAACCUCGAAAACAUGCGCGCAGACCCCAUUCUUCAGGCCGAAGGCGUCAAGCCUCCUGGCAGUGCUGGAGCACCCAAGGAGCUCGGCAACGUCAUAUGGAAGCUCUGCUCCGAGACUUAUCCCGACGUAGUCACGAUAUCGCUCGCCAACAACGGGUUCCGAAAUUUGGGACCCGUCAGCUCCUUGCCCGCCUACUUUCCCAACCUGCAGAAUCUGUCCCUCGAAGGGAACGACCUCAAGUGGACAAAGGACCUUGAUACGUUCGCCACGCGAAAGACCAAGCUCACCAAUCUCAGGGAACUGCUGCUGACGGGGAACCCUGUUCACGCAAGCGCAAUUGCGGCUGGCAACGAGGAAGGCUACCGGCGCGAAGUGCUCUCCAAGUUCCGUCAACUCACCAUGCUCGACCAGAAGCCAGUCACCGAGACCGAGUCGGGCUUUGCCAACUUGCCAUCUUCUGGUAAGUCGAAGAAGGUCGAUGCGGACGCCGCACAGGUUCCUCUGCGUAAUUUCCCAGUCCCCAACAAACCUGGCUUUGUCGACGCCGAAGCCGGUGCAAUUAUGCCCAACUUCCUCUCCAAAUUCUUCACCCUUUACGACUCGGACCGAAAUCAGCUCAGCGAAGCGUAUGCUCCUCUGGCUCAGUUCUCCUUCUGCGUCAAUGUUGUGCCACCACCUAGGGCCCGUGCCGCGGGAUUCUUGCACACCAUGCCCCAUCAAAAGGAGCUCAACUUUGAUCGCUACCAGGACAACGGCAAUCGCAACCUGAUGCGCGUUCACACUCCCAAGAACCGCCACACGUCCCUGCAUCACGGCGUCGGCUCGAUUCUGGCGUGUCUCCGAAAGCUGCCCAAGACCUCGCACCCUCUCAACGACGCUUCCAAGUUUGUCGUCGAUGCCUGGGUGCUACCGAACACCGUCAUCGGCGCUAGGCUCCAGGGCGAGGAGCGUCCCGAGGCGCUGCUUUACAUCAACGUACACGGCGAGUACGCCGAGGCACCCAGUCAAGGUAUUCGCUCGUUUGACCGAACCUUUGCGGUCGCACCCGUGCCGCCCGACAGCCCAGCUGCCGCUGCUGGCUGGCCCUGCGUCAUCUUGUCGGAUCAGCUGGUUGUGCGACAUUACUCUAGCCCGUCUGCUUGGGCGCCGGACAGCCUGCCUACGGGCGAGGUGACGGCGGAGCAGACGCAGGCCUUGCAAGCAGCACAACAGGCCGGUCAAACGCCUGUCAUGCCUCAGCCAGCUGCUCCGGGAUCCAUCCCGGUGGCUGGUGGCGCUGCUCUGCCUCCUCAUCUGCAGAACCAGGCUCCAGCUGCCGGCAUCAACGAGCAGCAACACGCCAUGUCGCUCCAACUGGCUACUCAGACCGGCCUCAUCUACCCUUUCGCGGUACAGUGCCUGCAGGAGAAUGGCUGGGACUACAACCUCGCUUUCACCAAUUUCCAGAACUUGAAGGCGAGCAAUGCAAUCCCACCACAGGCGUUUGCUCAGCCCGUCUAA